AUGUGCAAAAGUAACGUCGUUUAUAAGAUUAAUUGUAAUAACUGCGAUGCGUCGUAUGUGGGACAGACCAAGAGGAAACUAAAAACGCGAAUCAAGGAACAUAUCAAUAACAAAAAACUAGAUGAACAAAAGCAUUCAGUUAUAACUAAACAUAUGUUAGAGUUUAAUCAUAACUUUGACUGGGACAACACCCAAAUUUUAGAUAUUGAACCAUACUCAAACAAAAGACUCAUUAGUGAGAUGAUCCACAUCAAGGAACAAAACAAUGGUAUAAAUUCACAUAACGACACUGAACUUUUAGAUUCCUCUUAUUCUGAUAUCCUCAAUAACAUAAAAACAAAACAUCAUUGUCACCGACCCCCACAUCAUACACCAACACAGGAGAAGACUCGAAUAUCGACUUACAAUUAG